CGGGCCCGCAAGCCCCGCCCCGACCUCUGCGCCCGCUCGCGAGCCCUUGCCAAUUCUCGGGGCGGGGACUGCGCGGGGAGACGCGCGCCGGUGCGUGCGUGCUCCCGCGCCGCGGGCGGGGCAGUGAAGCCGGCGGCCCUGGCACGUGAUCCCGGAUCGGCGUGGUAGCUUGGUGGCUCCGUCUGUCUGUCCGUCCGCGGGUGCCAUCAUGGCGGACGCGGCCAGUCAGGUGCUCCUGGGCUCCGGUCUCACCAUCCUGUCCCAGCCGCUCAUGUACGUGAAGGUGCUCAUCCAGGUGGGAUAUGAGCCUCUUCCUCCAACAAUAGGACGAAAUAUUUUUGGGCGGCAAGUUUGUCAGCUUCCAGGUCUCUUUUGUUAUGCUCAGCACAUUGCGAGCAUCGAUGGGAAGCGUGGGUUGUUCACAGGCUUAACUCCAAGACUGUGUUCAGGGGUCCUUGGAACUGUGGUCCAUGGUAAAGUUUUACAGCAUUACCAGGAGUGUGACAAGGCUGAGGAGUCAGGAUCUGGAAAUGUACAGAAAGAAGUUUCAUCUUCCUUUGACCGAGUUAUCAAGGAGACAACUCGAGAGAUGAUGGCUCGCUCUGCUGCUGCUCUCAUCACACAUCCCUUCCAUGUGAUCACUCUGAGGUCUAUGGUACAGUUCAUUGGCAGAGAAUCCAAGUACUGUGGACUUUGUGACUCCAUAGCAACUAUCUAUCGGGAAGAGGGCAUCCUAGGAUUUUUUGCGGGUCUUAUUCCUCGCCUCCUAGGUGACAUCAUUUCUUUGUGGCUCUGUAACUCACUGGCCUACCUCGUCAAUACUUACGCACUGGACAGUGGGGUUUCCACCAUGAAUGAAAUGAAGAGUUAUUCCCAAGCUGUCACAGGAUUUUUUGCCAGUAUGUUGACAUAUCCCUUUGUGCUUGUCUCUAAUCUUAUGGCUGUCAACAACUGUGGUGGACUGGCUGACCUCAUUUUCACACUAGACUUUAUUUGUAUUUAUUUAUUUUUUUUUUUCCAGGGAAAUAUGAGCCGAGGAAAUAGCUUGUUUUUCCGGAAGGUCCCCUUUGGGAAGACUUAUUGUUGUGACCUGAGAAUGUUAAUUUGAAGAUGUGGGGCAGGGACAGUGACAUUUCUAUAGUCCCAGAUGCACAGAAUUAUGGGAGAGAAUGUUGAUUUCUAUACAGUGUGGCACGCUUUUU